AUGAAUGUAAAGCUACUAUGGAAAAUUAACGUUUAUGGGUUAGGUUCUUCAAUUGUAGAAUAUAUUGCCACCCCGAAAUUUAGAAGGAUUAAAGAGCACAUUAGAAAAAGAACAACUUAUUUAAAGACAGAGAAAAACAAAGAACAUUUUAGAAAUGAAUGCUUACAAUUGGCUCAGUAUUUAAUUAAUGAAAAGUCCGCACCACAAUACGUUCAACAAGGUACAUGGGAAGAAGGACUUAAGAAAUGGCUUCAAUCUAACUAUAAUGGUUUGACUAAAUAUGGAGGAUGUCCUAUGAUUUUAGAGCAAAAUGAUAAAGAUCUAUUGAAUUUAUCAUAUCAAGCAGAUGAUUUUUGUGAACAAAAAAAAAAGUAUAUGAAAGAUCUACGGCUUUUUUUGGAAACACCAAAUAUAUAUAAAUGUAAUGAUACUUUUUGUGAAACUAAAUGUAAUGAAUUUAAAGUAUGGUUUGAAGUAAAUAAGAAAAAUUUUGAGAGUCAAAGUGACUUCAUUAAAAAUAAUUACAAAUGUUAUUCAAGAAAAAAGGUAUUUCCAACAAAAGCAUGCAACGUACUUAAUCCUAACACAUUUAAAAAUAUUCCCAAAUGUAUAAAAAUUAAUCCAGAUGUAAGGGAAGAUACAGAACCUAAAAUAGAAACUGAAAUUACAAAAAAAGAAAAUGAUCCAGUAACACCUGAAAUUCCAUCUAAUUCUGAAGAAAAAAAGUCAAAAGAAACUCUGUCUGCACUCAGAAAUCAAAAGUCACCUGAACCCCAAGUUCAAGAUAAAGCUCCAUCAGCAGCUAUAAAAGAAACUACAGUAAGUAGAACUGAUCAGUAUGAAGUUACAUCCUCUACACAGUCUGGAAUAUCAGAACCUUCUACAGCUUCUAAUUCUUCAAGAACAGAAAUACAAAGCCAGACUACAUUACAACCUCUAGCACAUAAAAUUCCAAGAGUACAACAAAGUACUCAAGCCAUUUCUCCAUCUCAUCAAAGCUCAUUUCCUUCCUCUAAAUAUGUAACUAUUCCUGAAGCUAAUAAUAAUCUAGGUAUAAUCAAUUCUACUUAUAUUUUUAUUAUUUUUUUAACUGAAUUAAUUAAUGUGUACAUUGAAAAAUUUUUGCAGUAUUCUUUAAUAGGGAGAUUUAAAAAAAAAAAAAAGAUAAAAAGUAGACAAGUGCAUUUUCUGAGAAUACAACUACCUUCACCUUCUGAAAAAAAAAGUGAGUUUUUAUUACAUGAUUACAUACAAGACCCAACAUAUUAUGAUAAAGGAAUAGUAAAAAAUAUAAAAAUAUAUGAACACAAUUUGAACAAAAAUAUAAGUGCUUCAAAGCGAAAGAACAGGAACAAAACUAUUAUAGAAGUACAUAUGGAAGUACUUCAAAAUUUUAAAAAUGAAGAAUGGGAAUCUAAUAAAAUAGAAUUCUUGGAAAUAUGCCUAAAAGAACUCUUAGAUAAAAAUUAUGGAACAAGUACUAAUUUAGCAAAUGAUAAAAUAGUGGAAAAUACUAAAAAUACUAGUGAUUUUGAAAACAAACAAAUUCUAUGGAAUAAAUGGAUAGAAAGAUAUGGAAAUGUUACUGAAAAAUUGAAAAAACUAGAAUGGUUUAAUAAUUUGAAAGAUGAAUGGAAAACAGAACAAGCUCACUUAAAAACAAGUGAAGAUUUAAAAACAAUAUUGUCAAAUGAAAAUCAUAAAAUUCCUUUUAUGAAUUAUCAAAAAGAUAUGUGGAGACAGUGGGUAUCAAAAAAGGGUAAAAUUAUAGAACAACAUUUGGAACAUGAGUUGUUUAACGGGUUUGAAGAAGAAUUCCAGAAUAUAAGAGAUGAAUAUAAAAAUGAAUCCCUAUUAAGUAUGGAAGAACUGGAGAACAAUCAACGUCAUAAAAAAUUAAAGAAAUAUAUAAAUAUAAAAUUGCUAAAAAGGCUGUGUAUACUCGUACUCAUAAUGGUAUUAGAAGAAUGCAAAAAAGAAGAGUAUAUAGGAAAUAGGGAAUCACGUAUGGACAGCUUUAUAAAUGAAUUGAUUACAAUAGAAAAUUCAGACGGAAUAUCAGAUAUUACAGAUAACAUAUAUAGAGAUAAAGGAAAUGUUUUAGAGGAUAGAGAAAAUCUGGAAAUUCAUGGUUAUAAAAAUAAAGAUUGUUUUAUACAGGAGCUAGAAGAUUGGUUAAGAGAGGAUGAUGCAAAUUUAAAUUCCACAGAUGAUAAAAAUAUAGCAGAAAAUAUUAUUAAAUAA